UCAAGAUCAUCUAAGGUCUGAUAAGACAAAAGAAAUGCCAACAUGCCGUCUCAAAGGUCAGAAAAGUAAGUGUUUCAAAAGUAAGAUUCAACCAAAGUGAUUUUUGAUUGUUGUAGAUAUUGGUUUCACAUCAGCUGGUUUUUACAGUCAGCUGAUUUUAAUUUACUAUCAGCUGUUAUCAUGUACCAACAAGUGAGUGUAGUAGUGUCAAUGGCUGUUGUGUGUGUUUGUGAGCUACAUUUAAGUCAUGGGAAUAUUUCUUCAGGAGACCUUCUUGAUGCCUCUGAUUACUCGGAACCAAUUGAGCCUGUAGCUGAAGAUGCCCCCAGCUGGAUCAGACAUGAUAGUUUCCAACACACGUCUGUCUAUGUGGAUAUACGGUAUGGGGACCAGGAUGUUAUACAGGAAGUCUCAAAAGAUAAACUGCUCAUGCAGAAGAAGCCUGUUCCCAACAGUGACAUGAAUGAGAUAUGGUACAUCCCCUACGAGGACAGAGACUUGCAGCUGUUCUUUGCCAAGGUGUUGGACCUUGACCCGGAUAAUCUUACAAUCGAACAUGUGGCGGUUUUCAGAGCUGAGAGUGCAAUAAAGAAGAUCCUGAUCAAACGAAUGCAGAUUAGUGAUGAGCAAAUUGUGGAAAGAUUAAAAGCUGCUUUACAAAACAACUAAAUUUGAAGCGUAAAACUGCAUUUGUGUAUAUCCUCAUUUAUAAAAGUUUUAAUUUUAUUUUACUUACAGAGAAAUUUUUGCUCUCAACAAUUUUUCUGUACACAGGGUAUCAAAAAGUGUAUCCUUUGCAUUUUUUGUAAGUAUGCUGGUUUUCUCGCCAUUUCAAUUUC